UUUCUCCAGCAAGUUUUAUUUGUUAAUUUAGAAUGCAGAACCUUUUAACUUUUCUCUGAAAGCAAAUAUUGACUUUGUUUCAUAGUAACCUGGACUUCGCUCAGGAGGGGAAAAGCCUGGCAUUCCGGAAAAUGGCAGCUGAGACAUCCACAGAAGUUCCAAAAACUGCUAGACAGUUCGUCCUUAAGGAAGAGGUAAUUGCAGAAAGAAAAUGGUUGAAGCUUGAAGAAACAACUUACACUGAUCCCUUUGGUAAAACCAGAACUUGGGAAACUGUAAAGCGUACUAGCAACAAAAAGGGGGUCUCAGCUGAUGGUGUCGCAGUGAUAGCGGUACUACAGAGAACCCUCCACUACGACUGCAUUGUCCUCGUGAAACAGUUCAGGCCCCCAAUUAAUGGCUAUUGCUUGGAAUUUCCUGCAGGCCUCAUUGAGGAAAAUGAGACUGCAGAAAGUGCUGCAUUGCGAGAGCUGGAGGAAGAAACAGGGUACAAGGGGGAGGUCGUUGAAUGUACUCCAGCUCUCUGCUUGGACCCAGGUCUGUCAAACAGCACCACACACAUUGUGAGUGUCACCAUUAACGGGGAUGAGGCCGAGAACACGAGACCUAAGCAAAAACUGGAUGAUGGAGAAUUUGUGGAAGUUAUUUCACUUCCAAAGAACGACCUACUGCAGAGAAUUGAUGAACUGGCAGCAGAACAACACCUGGCAGUGGACGCCAGGGUUUACACCUACGCACUGGCCCUCAAGCGUGCGUCAGAAAAACCACUUCAGGUCCCUUUUAUGAAGUGA